AUGGGGCUUAUAUCAUCUGGAGAUGAGUAUAAUCGUCGAGGAGAUCAAGCUUUGGGAGAUAUUCCACCUGCUGCACAGCCACUCAGGGACCUGCUUAAACCUCGGAAUGAGUGGUGCUGGACCCCUCAGCAUGACGUGGCUUUCGAGAAAACUAAAGAAGCACUCAUAGCUCCUCCUGUUUUAGCUCAUUUUGAUGCAUCUUUACCUACUAUGCUUCAAACUGACGCAUCCAAGUUGCAUGGUAUGGGGUUUGUUUUGCUGCAACAACAUGGAGAGGCUUGGAAGCUCAUCCAGUGUGGAUCCAGGUUUUUAACGGAUGCGGAAACUAGGUUUACUUUUGCUGCACGGUGGCAAAGUGGGAAAUGUCACAGCAUGCCGGAUGCACUCUCUCGUUCACCAGUUCAGAGCCUUGUUGAGGACAAUGAUGUGCUGGAUGAUGCAGAUCCAUUGCAUGCUGCUGUUGUAUCGUCUUUAUUAGCUACUUGUGAGGAGGGCAUAAGAUUAGUACCUCUACGGGACCAGACGCUGGAUAAGAUUCGUGAUGCUUCUGCACAUGAUUGUGAAUAUCUGUCAUUAAGAGAUGUAAUAAUGAAAGGAUUUCCAGAUCAUAAGCAUAGCUUACCAGAAGAGUUGCAAGCAUACUGGGGAAUUCGGGACAUGCUGGCCGUGGAUGAUGGUUUGAUUGUUUAUGGACCUAGACUUCUCAUACCUCUCAGCCUGCGUAGAGAAACUUUGCAGUGUCUACAUGAUGCUCACCAAGGAGUGGACCGCACCAAGCGUCGAGCACGCCAGACUAUAUACUGGCCAGAGAUUUUUGACAGGACGUUUGAGAAUACAGUGAAGUCUUGUUCGUCGCUGAGAGCUGUUACCAGGUCAGCAGAAUGA